UAAGGAUAAUUCCAUGGCCGGUAAAGUCAACACCAUUGUCGAUGGAUUCUUCAAGACGUCCGACUUCGACUGGAAAUCCAACCUGGGUAUCUAUGCAGACAAGGACAAGGCCAAUGUUAACUUCAAGAUUAAUGCCGACGGCAACGAAUACAUGGCCAAGUUUGAGGGCACCCGCACUUCCCUUCUCGUUGAAUCGAACUUCGUCAAACACAUUCUUGUUGAUGCCCACGUAACCAGUACACAGGAUAUGAGGAAACUACAUGUUGCUGCUGAGUGGGACAAGGAUGUGGAUCCCACAAAAGCUUUCGUCAUUGAUGGACAGUUUGCUAAUGGCGAAAUUGGAGUGGAAUUCAAAUAUGGUGACAGGGAAGUGUCCAUCCUUGGCAAGCUAAUUGACAGUGGUGUGGAGGUGGAAACCAAAUGGGCUUCUGACAAGAGAAUUUUUGUCAAUGUUCACUACACACUUGGCAAUACCAAUUCGCUGGCAGCUACAGUGCAGACGCCAUUCCAAGGUUGGGAAAAACAGGAUGCCACCUUUACCUUCUCCAUCAAGGAUUAUGAAGUUGAGAGCCGAUUUUCUGCUACAUGGAAGAACACACAGCAAAUGGCACUUAUUGUCACUGGUAAGGUAGAACCUGGACUCUUUACCAAUGCUCUUUCCACCAAAGUUGCAUUCACAAGCACCUUUGAUAACUAUGAGCGUAUCGAAUUCUCUCUGGAUCAUAACAUGGUUGAUUCUACCAUCAAGACUCAUUUGGAGGGCGCCUGGAACCAAGAGAAAAUGGAAGGCAACUUCCAACUCACUCCUAACACCAAUGGUGUAGAUGCUCGAGCUACCUUCACUUCCCCUGUCACAGAGAACAUCCUUGUGACAUUGCAUCAUGAGUUACUCAACAAGCAGUUGUCUACCACAUUUGAAGUGAAAUAUGGACAAGAGAUCUCUACUGCUACUGCCACAGGUCACGUGGAUCUUAGUAAUGUACAUGACAUCACUCUGGUGUUCAAGGUUGACACCCCUGUUUCUUUGAUCCCUGAGAUAAAUGCCAAUCUUAAAUACUCCCUGAGUGGAGAAAGUCUCAACUUGAUCACUGAAGGUAAGAUUGGGGAGAAGAAAAUCAUGCUUAAUGUAAGCGGCCAAAGGACUGUCAGUGGCGACACUACGGACAUUUCUGGAGACGUUCGCUUCAUCACUCCUUUCACUUACCCUCUGACAGCAUCUCUCAAGCACACCCAUGACAUGGAGCAUUUUACAUCACAGUUCGAGAUGACCAGGAUCUGGUCUACAUACGGUAGCGUCAAGGUGCACGCUCAAGGACACAUGCUCUCCAAGAAUGAUGUAGAAUUCAAGGUUGACGUUUCUAGCCCAGUAAAUAAGGGAUCAAUCGCCUUCAAGCACACUGUCACUAACACCAAGAUGGAUUCCUCAGUUGAUGUCAUUUUCAACUCUGAACGUAUUCAUGUGUCUGUGGGUGGACUUCUGGAUGUGUCUAGGAGCUUGGCAAACAUUGAAGCUGAAGUUAAUUCCACUUUCAGUGGCCUAGAUGAUGUAAAAGUCAGCAUCGAUAGCAAGAAGGAUGACAACACAAGAACUUCCAACAUAGUUCUCAUGAAGGGAACAAAAUCUGUUGUUAUUGACCAUACCAUUACCUUCAAUGAUUGGUUCAACUGGGAAAACUCCUUUAUUGUGAAUGGAGUCUACAAAUUAAGCAACAAGCAGAUGCAUGCUGGCUCUCUGUACAAACACCAACUUGAGUACAUGUGGGAUCGCCAACUUGUGCAAUUCGAAGGAACUUUCGACAAGAAGAUCUCUGGAAAUACCCGUCAGAUUGAUGCCCAGGUCUCCCUUUCCACUCCUUGGACUGAGGACAUGAAACUUGAUUUGCACCACCAAGAUGAUGGUGUUGAGUACAAACCAACACUUAUCAUUGAGUACAGGCCUGGAAUGAAGAUUGAAGUUGCCUCUGUUCUGAAAUGCGAUUCAUCAUUCUUCUACACUGCAUCCACUCUUACAACACCAUUCUGGCAGCCAAUGGGAUACAAACUCAACAUUGACUUCCAGCCAAGGAAGACUGCUACUCUUGUUUUAACCCGUGGAGCCAACAGAACUACUAUUGACAUCACAGGAAAAAUUGAACAAGGAAAGGUAGAUGGUGAGCUGCAUAUCGAUUCUACAUAUCUUACCAAACCGGUUUCUCUGGAGGUGUUCUAUGACAUCAUUUCAGCCGAAAAGAAAGUGAACUUGGCGCUUGAUUUUGACAAGAGGUAUGAGAUAACAGGAGUCAUUGCUGGUCACCUUAAACAAGCUAAAUGGUCUCUUAUGAUGGACCUUCCUCUUGAAGCUGUACAAAAAGUUGGUUUUAGUGGCGAGUACAAUGUUGAAGCCAUGCCCUUCACUGCCAAUACAGUACUAAUUUUCAACACCCAGAAAUACCAGGUAAAUGGCAAGAUCAACGUGGAUGAAUUCCAAAUCAAUAUGGAUUUGAAUGGAAAAACUGGAAGUUUGGUCAGCAGUUGGAAACUACCAGGAGAACUACGCUGGUGUGAAAUCGACUUCCAGUCACCACUUACACUGGACAACAUGUCUAUCUCAGCAAUGUAUGACUUCCGUAGUGAAAAGAAAGUGACCCUCAAGAUGACACGUAACUCAAAGGAAAUCAACCUUUCUGGACGACUUGAAGGACAAACCAUUGUUUUUGAAGGCACAACUCCAUUCAGUGGAUGGGAAACCCUUAAGGCCUCAUUCUUCAUCUCCAGCUCUGCUGUUAAAGCCUUUGUGUCCAGGAAUGACCGCAAGAUUGAGUUACAGGAACACUGCACAUCAGAAAAGUCAAGGGAAAGAUCAAUCUCACCAUCAAUACUCCAUAUGCUGGCUAUGAAACCAUUGCUGUUGACACAAGCUACAGCUUACAGGGCCAGGUGAAAACAGUGGAGUUUGAAGCCAAAUUUGGCUUCGCAAGAACUCUCUUUGAAGGGAGACAUCAAGACAAACAACAUCCUAGCUCCUGAGAUGACCCUCAAUAUCAUUACUCCAUUUGAAACUGUAAAGAACUCUUGGUGGAGAAGCUCACUGGGACCUGAGAAACCUUGUCAAGACUGCCGAAGUGAAGGCUUUCCGCAAUGACCGUCACUACCACUGGCAGUUAGAGGCAGCUGCUGAUAGUCCCCUAAAGGGUUAUGCCAAAUCCAAGAUCACAACUCCCAUUGCUGGAUGGACAACAGUCAGUUUGGAAGGAAACUUUGAUUUCACCUCCAUGCCUUACAGGGCACUUUUUACUUACAAUAAAGAAGGAGUUAUCAGCACAUUUGAAGUACAAGCUAGUGUAGCAGAAACUGCAGUAUCUGGUGAAAUUACAACACCAAUCUCUGGCUGGGAGAAGAUUGCUUUGAAUGGCGACUAUUCUCUGGUUAACAACCUUCUGUCUGGAAAUGUGGAGAUCACCAAGAGUUCUGACAAAUAUCAUCUCAAUGGGGAGAUUGCUUUUAAUACUCAGAAGCCGAAGUUGAAUAUUGGCAUCAGGACACCUCUAGCAAAUGCUGCUGAUAUUGAGCUGGUUCUUGAUGCUAAUCUAGUUGAUACAGAAAAGAAUUUCCACAUUACCUUCAAAAGGAAUGACAUCACUUAUUCUGCAGAUUUCACAGGCCAAAUGAUCUACAAAACAGGAUUCGUGAAGCUGCAUACAACUUCGCCAAUUCCAGGUUUUACAUCCCUGGAUGUUGAUGCCAAAUACGACUUUACUGGAGACGUGAAAACUGCCGAAGCCAAUCUUAUGAAGGAAGGAAAUAACCAGCAUAUUUCACUGACCUCCACAGUCAAUGACAACGAUUUCCAUGUUGAAGUUGAAACACCAUUUGCUGGUUUUGAAUCUGUGAAGAUGGACGGAGAUUACGCUUACCUCAAUAAUAAACACAGUGUCUCAGCUUCAUUUGAGAGAAUAGUCAGAAGUAUGACUUCCAUGCUGAGAUUUCACUCAAUGCCAACUCGGUUACCCUGACACUGGUAAACCCAAUAGUAGACAUUAAGCAUGUUGUCAUUAGUGGCAAUUACCAGGCUAUUGAGAAUGGAAUGGAAUGUUCUCUUGUCAUUGAAAGAAACCAGGAUAAGUUUGAGUUUAAUGCUCAAGGGUAUUUUACACCCAAGAAAUCAGAUCUCCACCUCUCACUGGAGAUGCCUGUUGAAGGCUGGAGGAAGCUUGAGCUGGAUACCCACUAUGAUGUUAUCUCCGACAAGAAGUCUGCUGAGAUCUCUUUCCAGAGAGAGAUUCACUGAUGAAAAAGCUGUAUGUUGAGGGAAGCUACAAUCUGAAAUAUGGAUCUUUUAAGGUUAUGACUCCUAUUGAAGACUUCAGAGUCCUAGGUGCUGAAUAUACACUAAACCUUGAUGAAUAUAACAAGAAACUGGAUGCUUCUGUAAAGAUCAGUCAAAACUCCAAUGAAUGGCUUUCGAGGCACAUGGACAAUUCAGUGAUGAACAUUGUCAUUAAGUUCCAGACACCAUUUGAAGGUUUUGACACCAUUGCUGUAGAAGGAAACCUAAACUAUGGAAACAGAUCUGGAAGAGUGUCAUUCAGUUUGGACCUUAUAAGUUUACCACCAGCAUUUCCUACGCAAAUGAUAAUAUGUCCUUUGAUCUGACGACUCCCUUUGAUGUUAUCAAGACUGUGUCCCUUUCAGCCCGGUACAGCUGGACCACCAGCCAAAAGGGUGCUACUCUAAACAUCACUUACAAUGACAAGAACUUUGUUCUCUCAAGUUCUCUGCAGCUCUCUACAAGGGCCUCUAACAUCACCUUCCAGGCCACAACUCCUUUCGAGGGUUUCCAGAACUCCUUCAUUGAAAUCAAGUAUGACAUUGAUAACAGAGAGGAGCUCCUUGCAUCUCGUGUCAGUGUAGAUGAUCACAGCUACAGCUUUGUUGUAGGUGGAUAUAUUGAGGACAAGCUAGCCGUGUUCAAGUGGAACCUUAACUCUCCUCUCACUGGCUGGACUGAUGCCAAGUUUGUAGCUAAGAUUGAUCUUUCCAGUGAAAAUAAAAACUUGGAAAUCUCCCUUGAGAAAGAAGGAGACCUUAAAGCCAUUGCAGUCUCUGGCAAGUUCAUUGGCAGUACACUGGACUUUAAUCUGCGAACUCCUUUCAGAGGGCUCAAUAAUUUCAAUGUGUUUGGUUCUCUUAACCGGUCCAAGAGGUCUCUUGAAAUGAGAAUGAUGAAUGAUGCAGGACAAGCAUCUUUAGCUGGCAAUUUCAACUCCCUCAGAUUCAA